AUGGAACCAGAAGCUGAAGAUCCAGAUAACAAUGACUUGGUCCCUUGGUCAGGUUCAGAAGGUUCCCAAGAACUUUGCGUGUCUGAGUCCUUGGCAGAGUCCUACAAUGAAGAUGAUGUCAGUGACGCAGAGUACCCCUUAGACCCAAAGCCUGCUCAUAUCCCAAAAUCUGACCUAGAGUCCCCUGAGUGCCUUCAAUCACAAGAUUGGGAAUCUGCACAUGAGCAACAGUCCCUGCCUGAACUCAGCGGAAGUGAAGAGGAUGUUUCAUACCAAGAAGAUCAUGACAUCUACCUUGAAUCAAGAGAGUCUCCUCACAUCCAAGCUUCGCCAACAUCAUUGUCCUCACAACCAGAGCGUCCUGACCCUGAUCCUGAGCCUCACACUGGCCAUAUAUCACGACCGCAAUCUCAGUCAUCUUCAUCCUCUCUUGGCUGUGCUGCUGAUAUGACCCUGGCCUUGACCCUGACCACAGAGCAGCCCCUGGGAGCCAUCAAUAGGCAGGGCUCAGAAUCUGGGAACAGGAGGGUUGAAUCUUCAGAGGAAGGAGGGAGUAGUGAAGCACCUCCUGCUUCUGUCUUCUUUGGAAUUUCAGGCGAGGGUGCUGAGCAGGCAGAGAAGUGGAACUCAGAGUCUGACACAGAUCUGUGCAGACGGGACAGGCACAGGGCAAGGUACACACGGCUCGGUCACAAGGAGAGCCAAUCAGAAAGACACGUCAAGGAGACAAAGUCUAAAUGUAAGCGAAUUGCUCGCCUUCUAACUGAUGCACCCAACCCUCAAAAUAAGGGAGCCUUGCUGUUUAAAAAACGUCAGCAAAGGGUCAAGAAGUACACACUUGUGAGUUACGGGACUGGUGAUAACAAGCUUGACAGCCAAGACCAAAUUGAAGAAGAGGCUGAAGGAGUCAGAGCAGCUGGGUAUAACUUUGUGGCGACAAGUGACUCAGAGUUAGAGGAGGAAUACUCUGUUUAUCACCACCAGCAUAAGUUAAGUGUGAAUUGGGGAAGUGUUCGAGAAAUGGAAGCAUUACCAGAGACAAAAGGGAAGGGAGUUAUGAUGUUUGUCCAACGUCGCAAACGGAUGGAUGACAUUGUGUCAGAGCAAGAAGAACUCAGGAGGAAAGGAUUACCUGAGGAGGCAUUAACAGAGUCUGAGUUUACAGAAGUACAGAAUAUUUAUGACACCAGAGAACUGUAUGCGCAUACUGAUCAAGCCACCUACAUGGAUGCAAAUGUCAAGCAGCAGGUAGAAUACCAAGAAAAUAUUCAGCAGGUAAACCACCUACCCAACGUGCCAAGACUGUUGGUGCCAAACAGAACUGCAAGGCCCUUCCUAGGAUUUCAAGAUAUAUCAUCUGCUCCUGCUGAGCCUGGUGCAGUUUCUCCAAUGCAAAUGAAGCAAGAACCAAGAUUCAAAGUACCUGUGCCUGUUAACACUAGCCCGCAGGUUUGGUCUCCAACUGGAGAUAUAAUAGCCUCAAGAGAUGAGCGGAUAUCUGUGCCAGCAAUUAAGACCGGCAUCCUUCCAGAGUCAAAAAGGAAAGGCAUUAAUAAACAACAAGCAGCACUAAAGAAAGAAUCAGAUCCUCAUCUUCAAAACAAAGGGGACAGGAGAUCUUAUAUUGAGUCAGAAGAGGACUGUUUUAGUCUUGGUGCUGAAGCUUGUAACUUCAUGCAACCCAGAACAAUAAAACUCAAGCAUCCCCCUCCAGUUGCUCCAAAACCUGCCAUCAACCCAAACUGCCCUCCUUGGUUGAGAGGUCCUUCUAGUGAGCCCUAUAUCCCACCAAGAAGUCCAGUUUCACAACCCUCUCAUAGUCCUGUGGGGCCUCAUAGUCAGCAUUUCUUACAACAGCAAGAGUGGGCUCAGCUCCAAGAGAUGGCCAACCGCAGGGCACCAGAUCAAGCUCAGGCAACACUUCAAACACCUGCCAGCGCCUGGACACCGGUCAACUCCUCUUCUCAGCUUCAUCAUCAGCCAACCACAAAUAGCUGGAGUCAACAGCCGUCACGAUCCCCUGUGAGUAUGCCCGCCCACAGCCCUACUUACAGCCCACAUCACCCACCGUCACCCACAAGGAGUAAGUUGGACACUGCGCUAAACUCAGUUGCCUCUUAUCCACCACAAGCAGGGAAGUCUUAUACCCAUGCAUCAAAAGCAUCACAGGAAUCUCCUAAGGGUCAAGUCUCAAACAGAGGUAUUAAUCGGGCUGGUGAUGGGCCAACAAUUGCGGGAAAAGGUGCAGAGUUGUUUGCCAGAAGACAGUCCCGUAUGGAGAAGUUUGUUGUUGAUGCUGAGACAGUGCAAGCUAACAAAACAAGAUCCCCUUCCCCCACGCCGUCCCUACCUAACUACUGGAGGUAUUCUUCCAAUGUUCGUGCUCCACCACCUUUAUCAUACAAUCCUCUUCUUGCCCCUUUCUACCCUCCAUCAGCAUUAAAACAAGCCCCUUCCACUAGUCCCAAAAUUCAGCCUAAGACCAAACCGAAACCUAAAGCACCCCCAAAGCACCUCAAUGCCUUAGAUAUUAUGAAACAUCAGCCUUAUCAGUUGGACUCAACACUGUUCACGUAUGAUGCAUUCAAUGAUGCCAAAAGCCCCAGCCCUAAACCAACUCCAGCAUCAAAGUUUGAGGCUGUCAAAACCAUUAAACGUAGAUCUGACCCCACUUACUCUACCUAUACUGCCUCUGAGCUUGGUGUUGAAAACAAGUCUGAAGCCCGUGCUAAGUCCUCUGGAUCGGUAAGUUCCCAAGAUCUUUCUAUUAGCCAAAACACCAGAUCAGCUGAGCCCCUUGCAACUGGCAAGCCCUUGGAUGAAAAGCACACUGUCACACCUGCUGUCCGUCACAUAAGCAACAAGCAAGCACCGAGUGCUCGACCUGCAAGCUCAACCUCACAGCAUUCAUCUACUGGUGACAGCAUAGCUUCAGCUUAUUCUCCUGCAUCGCUUAUUGCUAGGGGUGCACUUCAAAUGGCUCCUUGGCCAAAGUUUUCAGCUAAGAAGCCAACAGUGACAGGCAAACACUGGAAGCCUGUUGCUAUGAUUCAUUAGUUAUAACACUGUAUAUGGUCAUGCUUAGGUGUAGUCAACACAGACAUUAGCUGACAAUUACAUCUUCAACUUG